AGUCAGGAAUUCAGGCCCCUGACGUCAGCCUCCAGCGCUCAGGGCACCGCACGGGAGACCGCGGGGAGGGGGUGGGGAGGAAGGAGGGGGAGAGCACCAACCAGCAGCCACUCCCGGCCUGCUGCCGAAGUUUCACUUUUUGUCUGUGGGUUCGCUCCCGGGGCCCGCUCGAGCUUUCCCGGGAUAAGUAGCGUUAGCGGCGGGGGAGAGCGGGCCGCUGCAAGGACCUGAAGAGAAUCCUGACAGCUAGAGUGUUGGAAGAGGCUUGAAGAGAGGCCGAACCCUCAGAGCUGCUUGGGACUCCUCUUGAGGGUGGUCCCCCGCAGGAAGACUGGUGGGAGGGAACACAGGCUCAAGGACAGAAGUAGAGAGAGUGAGCCAGGUGCUUCUGCAUUUGUUACUGUUCACCGUCCCCCCACUGGAGGGAAGACGUUGUUCCUCAGUUGAGCUGAGCAUAUCGUCUGGCUGAGCCUGUGACCAUUGUCCAUUCCAAAAGCCAAAAGCUGCUGGAGAUUUCCACAAUGUCUCACCCAUCUUGGCUGCCACCCAAAAGCACUGGUGAGCCUCUUGGCCACGUUCCUGCACGGAUGGAGACCACCCAUUCUUUUGGGAACCCCAGUAUCUCAGUGUCAACACAACAGCCACCCAAGAAGUAUGCUCCAGUUGUUGCUCCGAAGCCCAAGUAUAACCCAUACAAGCAGCCUGGAGGAGAGGGUGAUUUUCUCCCACCGCCACCUCCACCAUUAGAGGAUCCUGGUACCAUUCCACCUGGUCCCGGACACUUCCCUCCUCCUCCUCCACUGGAUGAAGGUGCUUUCAACGUGCAGCAGGGAACUAAUCCUGGAGGCAAGACUCUGGAAGAAAGGCGCUCCAGCCUGGAUGCAGAGAUUGACUCCUUGACCAGCAUCUUGGCUGACUUGGAGUGCAGCUCACCCUACAAGCCACGGCCCCCACAGGGCUCUUCUAGUUCAAUAGCCUCUCCUCCAGUUUCUACUCCUGUCACAGGACAUAAGAGAAUGGUCAUUCCACACCAGCCACCCCUGACAGCAACCAAGAAGUCCGCAACAAAACCACAGCCUGCACCCCAGCCUGCACCCAUCCCAGUGACUCCAAUUGGAACACUCAAACCCCAGCCUCAGCCAGUUCCAGCCUCCUACACUACAGCAUCCACAUCUUCAAGGCCCACCUUCAAUGUGCAAGUGAAGUCAGCUCAGCCCAGCCCACAUUACAUGGCUGGUCCAUCCUCUGGACCAAUAUAUGGUCCAGGGCCUCGUAGCUAUAACACCCAGCCAGUUCCUGUAUCAGGACAGUGUCCUCCUCCUCCAACUUGUGUUGGCACCGACUAUGCAUAUAUUCCACCGUCGGGACAUCCGCCUGAGUCUGGAUAUGGGUAUACCUCCAACCAAGGACGCUAUUAUGAACCUUAUUAUGCAGCAGGUCCUAGCUACGGGGGUCGAAGUGAAGGUGAUACUGCUUAUGGGCAACAGGUUCAACCUAAUACCUGGAAGAGGGAACCUGCGUAUGCCCCUCCUGCAACCGGGAAUCAGAACCAUCCUGGCAUGUAUCCAGUCAGUGGCCCCAAGAAGACCUAUAUCACAGACCCUGUUUCAGCCCCUUGUGUACCACCACUGCAGCUAAAGAGUGGCUACCCUGGGCCUAUGGGAUCUCCUUCAGUUCCCCCAUCAUUCCGCCCAGAAGAUGAGCUCGAACAUCUGACCAAGAAGAUGCUGUAUGACAUGGAAAAUCCACCCGCUGAUGAUUACUUUGGCCGCUGUGCCCGCUGUGGGGAGAAUGUCGUCGGAGAAGGAACAGGAUGUACUGCCAUGGAUCAGGUCUUCCACGUGGAUUGCUUCACCUGCAUCGUCUGUGACGUCAAGCUCCGAGGACAGCCUUUCUAUGCCGUGGAGAAGAAGGCAUACUGUGAGCCCUGCUACAUUAAUACGCUGGAGCAGUGCAGUGUGUGCUCUAAGCCCAUCAUGGAGCGGAUCCUCCGUGCCACUGGGAAGGCCUACCACCCCCACUGCUUCACCUGCGUGAUGUGCCACCGUAGCCUGGACGGCAUCCCCUUUACCGUAGAUGCUUGCGGUCUCAUUCACUGCAUUGAGGACUUCCACAAGAAAUUUGCCCCGCGCUGUUCUGUGUGCAAGGAACCUAUCAUGCCAGCCCCAGGCCAGGAGGAGACUGUCCGCAUUGUGGCUCUGGACCGUGAUUUCCAUGUGCACUGCUACCGCUGUGAGGACUGUGGUGGUCUUCUGUCCGAAGGAGACAACCAAGGCUGCUACCCCUUGGAUGGGCACAUCCUCUGUAAGACCUGCAACUCAGCCCGCAUCAGGGUCUUGACGGCCAAGGCAAGCACUGACCUGUAGAGUCAGUAGCCAGCUCAGCUGCCGAGUGCAUGCCAGCAAGAAGAACGCAGCACAAGAAAAAGAUAAGAGAAGAAAUAGAAAAAUAGAGGCAAAGCUCAACCACUAGGAUAGUCUCUGUUCUUCAUCUGCUGUUAACCUUUUCUGUAGAAGCACAUAGAGGAUACAAUUUGUCUACGUUCUUACCAAAUACACAUUUCACAUUUAAUCAUGCAGGGCCUUGGUGAGCCUUUGUUCCAAGGACUUCCACAUUUUUGCACAGAUUAUACUCCAUCCCAUUCACUUCUGCAUUCCUGGGACUUUUAAUCCUCAUGUUUGUCUCACUUCUCAUGUGGUUGAAUAGAUUUUUAGUGUGGUAUUUGCUGUCACAUGAUUUUUCCUGGGUGAAUGUGCCAGCCUGCAGGUGCCUUAAGUCUUGUCCUGUCUGUCGCUUUUCCUCUGGCUGUGGCUACAAAAAUCAGUCAUUCUGUCACCAGGUAUUGAAAAGGUGAAGUUUCCCAUUGCACUACACCCCUCAUUUCUCCUGCUAAAAUAAUGAUGGGGAGGGUAUUUUUUCUAUGUUAAACUAUAAAGAAUUUAUUUGAAAAAGUUAACGGGAGCCCACUUUAGUCUGCAACUAUCCAAAUUCAGCAGUCGAGGCUCAUUUGAAAACAUUGGCCAAUAUCAAAUGUGGGGAAGAAAACCAAGUUUUACCACUGUGCUAAAGAGGCAGAAUUCUAGGUGUAUUUGGAAGGCCCAUUGUAUUUCCACAAUCCUACCCUGAGAGUUACCUCGCCACACUCUCUGGACAUAAGACUGUCAGACUUGCUUUUGGUACUUUUCCAAAUCUAUCCAGCUCUUCAUCCUUAAAGCACUGUGAAACUUCCCCUAAUAUAUAAGCAUGGUUACUACAAUUAAUAUUUAUCUUCAGAAAGAUAAGUAUUAAAAUGAUUCAAAUUCUUAUCUUUCUUUCUUUCACUUUAUAUUGACCCAAACCUAAAUCUCUUUUGCCUGAAAACUGCAAAUCAGGACACAUAAAAUGAAAUUAUGUAAGCAUGUUUCAUCUUCUUAAAAAAGAAAAAAAAAACCUGGGAAAGAUUGUGAAAGCAGAGUUUAUUAUUCUUACAAUCUUUCUGCAACUCAAGUACAUACUGCAGGAGACACAUCAUCAAUGUGACAUUUACACCACACUUUCAAAGACAAUCGCUGAAAACCAAAUUGUCUUUCUGAGGUAAAAAUAUGCAGAAUGCCUGCCUGGAAUCUUUAUGCAAACUCUUAUUAGCCAGUGAAACACUUGCUUGCCAACUGGAGCCAGUUUGCUUUGUUAAGAGGAGACAACUUGCUUUGCAGUUGCAGCUGGCCAUAUUGUAAACUCAGUUCUCAGUAUCUCAGAGUGAGAUUUCCCAAAGCUUUCUUUAAAUCUUCUACAGAUAUAUACCUUUAAAUUAUGGAAUACAUUAAAUAUACAGAAGGGUAUAAAUAAUAAUAUAAAGGUCCCUCUAUAGCUAACACCCAAUUCUAGAAGUAUAGUCACUUUAAAUUCCUUAAACUCCACAAAAAUCGUUUUAUCUCUUUUAUAUAGUACUGGGAGUUGAACUAGGGCCUCAUGUGCUCGGCAUGUGCCCUGCUACCCCGGCAUCCCCAGCUUUUCUGUCUUUUUUUUUUUUUUUUAAUCUUUAUGACAUGAUGAUUUUCUAGUCUGACAGUUUUAAUUUUAACAUUUAGAGAAAAAAAAAAAAACCUGUUUAAUUACUUGUGCAUGUUUAAAAUUGCAACCCAUGCCUCAGGAAUUCCACAAAGUUUAUUUUACUUGAAUCGAAGUCAUCUUAAAAAUGAUUAAAAGAAGCCCUUAGGCCGUUGUCACACAGCCCCUCUGGGUCAGUCUGUGGCUUAUUGACUUUCUCCACAGGCAGUUUGCCUGUUAGAAUCCCCAAAGCUGGCACUUCAGGGCCUUGCCCUUGCCCCCUGCUCUCACCUGGCUUCUCUUAUCUUGAGAUUCAUGGAGGGCAGCCUGUGGAUCUCAGGAUUCAGUGGGCAGUCUAGCUCUGAAUUCCUGUGCUGCAAAUCAAAGGCUCAGCCAUGCUGGUGACCUCGAGCAACGCUGACAGACAGUCGAGGUGAAUACAGGCCUGAACUGAUUAAAAUGUUCACCACAAAAUAUUUCAGGAAAUGCCUUUAAGCCAAAAGUAGAGUGCAGUAUAAGUAAGGGGCAAGAGCAAUGUCUAGAAAUGUAGACAGCAGAGGAAGAGUUUAUGUAAUAUUUAUACUAUAAAGCAAUAACAGCCUCCUUGUUUGUUACAUGUAACUACUUAUGUAACCAGAUGUUUACAUGCGAGAUUUAUAGGAAAAUGCUGCCCAUUCUUCCCUGAGGUGUUACGGGCAGAGCGCUCUUGCUCAUAGCCUACCCAGUGCUUUCCUGUUGAGUAACCUCAGAAGAUCUUUACCAAAGAUUUUUUUUAAAGUAAAUUUCUUUUUAAUAUAGACUUAUACUUUUAUAAUAAUGAAUGUGCACAUACACAUAUACAGAAAUAUUUAGAAUUAGAUAUUUUCAUUUCACAAGGUCUAAUGAGUAUAAAGGAUCCUACCACAUUAUUCUCCAAUUCCUUUAAUAUAUAAUUUACAUUGCUUUCUUGUUUUCUUCUACUAAGCAUUUGAUUUAAGCAAUACUAAGUACUCUGCUCUUCACUCUUUUAUCUACAUAAAGAUUUGCCUACUGUAGAGAUAUAAAGAUCUGUUACUUUAAUGAUUAUAUGCAUUGCCUUUUGAUAUAUUGCCUUACUUAUCAUUUAAAUACAUAAAUAGAAAAAUAUAAUGUCUGUAACAGAAAACUUAUAAAAUUAUACCUGAAUUGUUUAAAUAUCAGGAGCACAAACAUUUGGUUAUUCUGUAUAAAAUGAAACACAUAAGAAAGGAAAAAACCCACCAUCAUGGGCUCUGCAGAGAACAUUUAAAAUAAUUCUCCAUUUCUGUAGUGGUAGGGAUGGAUCUCAGAGCCUUGCGUGAAAUAGACAAGUGCUCUACCACAGCUAAACCUCCCAUCCAGAAUAAGAUUUCAUAACUGUUUGGGUUCCCAUCUCAGACUGGCUCAAUAUGGAGUCUGAUUGGCAAGCGACAUUGCCUUUAGAACUCAAAAAUACAUCCUCCCAAGUCCUAGCUCAUGGCCUCAGUGUUAGUGAAAUCCUGCCAUCUCUGCAGCUCAAAGAUGUGGAUGUUUUCCUAUCAACAGCACAUUGUCCCUGUAGGAACAACUUGUGGUCAGAAUUACUACAUGGGUUAUAUGCUGAUUAAGGUCAUGAACUUAAAAACACUAAAAAUUCUUGCAGCAAGGUUUAUGUACGACUUAAAAAGUGUGGAACUUAAUAACCAUAAAGAGCUCUCUUGUAUCUGGGCUGGUGGAAGGGGAGCGUGCUCUGUGAGGCUGCAGCAGAGCCUUCAUAGGCAGGAUGCUGAAAACACAACUUCCAAGCCUCUUCGAGUUACUACAGAUCCUAUUACUGUGAACCAGUCAGGAAUAACAGUGUUAUUUCUAUUUGAUGUGGUUUAAGCUUCUCUUGUCAGAUCUGUGUCGGUUGCCCCCUGAUCCUUCCAUUCUCAAGUUUUGAAGGGUGUCAGGGAAAUUAUGGCAGCUGCUAGGGAGAGCCGAGAAACACUGGUGUAACCUCCCAGCCUCUCACCAUCCCUCUUGGCUUGGAAAGGCUUUUUUUUUUCCAUAUACAUUUCUAGAAAUAUUGCCAUUCUACCUUAGCAUUUCACAUUUGUAGAUUAAACAAGUGAUUGUCCAUCUGUUGCCUACAGCUACAGUACAUGUGUGUUAUGAAUGAAAUAUGACAGCAUGUUCCAUACCCCCGCUUCAGCCAUCUGUAGAAAACCAGCAACCGAAAAAGAUACCUCUGCAAAAUGUGCCUCAAGUCCAUGUCCUGGGAUGGCUCUUCUGGUGUACUUUCACAAGAGACAAUCAAAAGCAAUCCACAAUUGUGCCUUAUUUUUAAAUAAUCUGUUUACACUUCAAUGACUAUUGCUCAGUAAUAGAAAUACUACACCCCCAAUCUCAAAGUUAGAUGAGAAAGAGACAGAGAGAGACAGAGAGGAGAGCACAAGAGCACACUUCCAUCUUAAUGUACCAGUUUGGAUAGACCUCAUAGCUCUAACAUGCGAGCAUGCUCACAGUCGAGGUGAUGUGUCGACUGUUACUAGUCCUUAGGCUUUGGUCUUCCCCGGGGUUUAGUGGGAUACUAAAGGCAGAGACUUGCACCUGCUGGACCCCUUCUGCACUCACAUUUUUACAUUGUAUUAUUUGUUUGACUUAGGAAUAAACAAUUUUGAUUUCUGAGCAAGUUACCAUGUGGUACGACCUUGACUAUUUCCAGACAAGUGACUUAACUGUCAAUGGAAUGAAGCUGCUUGUGAUGCUGGGGGUCGGUUAGCACUGCUUUAUUUCUGACCUUUAAGAUGAGCCUGGCCAAAGCUACUGUGAUCUAAUGCAAGUGUUUCGCCACUCCCACCCCUGCUUUCUCCUUUUCUCUCCUUUCCUGCCUCCCUUUAACCUCUCUCUCCACUGUGCCAACUAAUGCUGCACUGUUUGGCCUUCUAUAAGUUUAGUUAGGAUACAACAGCAUUAUGAACUCAUUAAAGGAGAAUGGCUACGAGAACAUAUACUUACCAGCCAGAAAAAAAAAUCUGCUCUAUGGGGACAUACUCUUUAGCUUGUGCUUAUUCCUAAUGGGAGGUGUAGUCCUUCAGGUGUAUUUUAAUGAAUCUGUAUUGGGGACUUAGCUGAUAGGGUAUUGCUUUAAAUUUAUCUGUAUAUUUCACACCUGUAUGUAAAGUGAUCUUUCUAAGGCUAGACUAGGAUGCUGGGGGGUUUUGUAUUUUGUUGUUGUUGUUGUUUUUUAAUUAGAUAUUUUCAUCAUUUACAUUUCAAAUGCUAUCCCCUUUCCUACUUUC